AUGGCUAAUGGAAAUGGUGAAUUAGUAACCAUGGAUUUAGGUUCUCAUAGUUCAUGUUUAAGUAUGUUCAGUAUAAUGCCAUUUUUCCAAUGCCUUCGCGAUGGAUCUUGUCAACUUGGUGUUCGAGCUGAUCGCUCUUACUGGUUAGCUACCACAGAACCUCUUCCAAUGAUGCCACUAGAUGUAAGCGAAGUUACUCGAAGAGUUGCUCGGUGUGUUGUCUGUGAAGCACCAACACAACCUUAUGCUUUUCAUGCACAAGCAAAUCAACUUCAAGAAGUUAACUGUCCAGAAGGCUGGGCAAGACUUUGGGAUGGAUAUAGCUUUGUAAUGCAUAGUGUUGGAAGUACUGGUGGUGGUCAACAACUUUCAUCGCCUGGCAGCUGUCUUGAAUAUUUCAGUUAUUCUCCAUUAUUAGAAUGUAAUAAUGGUAUGAGUUUGUGCAAUUAUUGGUCAGAUGCAAAAGCUUAUUAUCUACGUCAUGUUAGUAAUAAUACAGAAUUUCAAAAACCAGUCGGUCAAUAUAUUACAGAUCAUUUACCAGAUGAAACUAAAGUACUACGUGAAAUAAGUCGAUGUCGCGUUUGUACUAAAUCUCGGUUCCAAUCAUAUUUUGUUUAG